AUGCCAGAUCAGAUUGGUGUGUCGGCAAUGGCGCAGCUGCCGGGACGGAAACCGAGCAAGGUAUCCUCGAACUUCGGGGAGCGCAUCUCAAGCACGACUGGACGAGGGGAAACGCAGCCGAAAGAUGGUGUGAUGCCGCCUAUUCGGGCUACGAGCCUAUGA